GUAGCAGUCAGCAAAUCUUUCCAUGGCAUACGGGCUUUAUGUGUCAUGUGACCUAGACUCAGCCAUCUUGUGGAAAACCGAGAGAGAGCCACACAGCUUGAAUACAAACCCUGUGCUGUCAGAACAAGCAGAGAACUUAAGGGAAGAAUGGCUGAAACCCAGACACUUAACUUUGGACCAGAAUGGCUCCGUGCCCUGUCCGGAGGUGGUGGUGGUGGCAGUGGAGGCGGUGGGAACAGCAAUAUCCUUGCAUCCUCCCCACCCCUCUCGCCUGCAUUGCCAAAGUAUAAACUCGCAGACUACCGCUACGGGAGAGAAGAAAUGUUAGCACUUUAUGUAAAGGAUAAAGAGAUCCCUAUAGAACUACAUGAUAAGGAGCUUUUGCCUAUCUUACAAGAGGAACCUUUACCCCCACUGGCCCUCGUGUCCUUUACGGAGGAAGAACAGAGAAAUUUUUCCAUGUCUGUAAACAGUUCGGCUGUCCUCCGGCUGACGGGGAGAGGAGGGGGUCCGAUAGUAGGAGCACCACGGGGUCGGAGCACCUCGAGGGGUAGAGGUCGGGGUCGGGGCGAUGGAGGCUUUUACCAAAGAAGUUUUGACGACGUGGAGGGAGGCUUCGGCCGGGGUGCCCGUGAGAUGCACCGUUCCCAGAGCUGGGAAGAGAGGGGAGACCGAAGGUUUGAAAAGCCAGGAAGGAAAGACCCAGACUUUGCAGAAGCCCCUCCAGCGCAUUUUCCAAUGAAUCAUAUCCGUGCAAACUACGAGGAGGUGGGCCCCGUCCUGCCAAGGAAGCACGACUUCACGCGCUCGGAGAGUGAGAACUGGCGGUGCUCUCGCGAUGAUCAGAAUGACAUCGCGAGGGCGGCCGCGUGGCGGGAACACCCGGAUCAGCAGCAGCAGGCCCCUCCGCAACAGCAGCGGCGCCGCUUCCCGUUCGACGCCAGGGAGGACGAGCGCGGCUACCGCCGGCCGCGGUCGGGCAGCGGGAGCCUGGAGGAUGAGAGGGACAGCCUGCCCGAGUGGUGCCUAGAGGACGCCGAGGAGGAGACGGGCACCUUCGACUCGUCGGGGGCCUUCCUCUCACUCAAGGUGGGGACUCGGAAAGCCUCCAAGGAGCCCAUCCUGGAGGAAGCGGAGCUGGACUUCAGGCCCCUUGAGGAGUGUGACGAGGGUCUGGAGGAAGAGGACAGUCAGCCGCCGGAGACCAAAGAAACACAAAACGGGGCCAAAAGAGAGGCGGACAGGAAAGAAGAGCGGGCCAGGCUGGCGGAGGAGCCUCCGGUUCCCGCUCCCGCGGCCCCUCGGCCCCAGGGGCCUGCCCUCAGCCAGCCGGUCCGGGCCGAGGAGACGGAGAGGGGUGCGGCACGGGCUGGCGAGAGGCGAUCUCCUCCGGGCCCGCGACAGGAGCCCAGCAAAGCCCCCCUGCAUGUCCCCCUGUCCAACAGCAUGCUAGACCCCCGGCCCAUGUCCCACAUCGCCACCACCCUCGCAGCGGACGUCUCCAUCCCCUCGCCCUCUGUCCAGCGGAGGCACCCCAAGCCCAUGGAGGUUCCCAUGGCAAUGGCCAACCCCCUUCCCUUCGCCAGCAUGAUGGCGGCCAUCGGCCGGCCCAUCAUCGUGCCUCACGUCGUCGACGAAGACGAGGGACUCAAACACUUCGAGCAGGAGGCUGAAAAAAUGGUGGCCUAUCUACAGGAAGGAGGUGUGGAGGACGAGAGGCUGGCUGCUAAGGAGAAGGCCAAGCACCCCGGCUUCCCCCUCACCCACGAGGCCGCCCUAAAGUGGUUCUACAAGGACCCCCAGGGGGAGAUGCAAGGUCCGUUCAGUAACCACGAGAUGACGGAGUGGUUCCAGGCGGGCUACUUCACCAUGAGCCUGCUGGUGAAGAGGGGCUGUGAUGACGUCUUCCAGCCCCUGGGGGAGAUCAUGAAGAUGUGGGGCCGGGUGCCCUUCGCCUCGGGCGCAGCUCCGCCACCUCUGCAGCAGGCAGACGGUGACCAGGAGAGGCUAAAGAGACACCAGGAGCUCACAGCGCUCAACCUCUAUCAACUGCAACAGCUACAGUAUCAGUACAUCAUCAGGCAGCAGUAUGCCCAGGCUCUUGCCCAGCAGAAGGCUGCAGCCCUCAGCUCGGCCCCUAUUCAGCAGCAGCAGCAACAGCAGCAGCAGAUCAACGUCCUGCUACAACAAUACCAGGCCCUCAAGUUAAGAGCGUCUGAAAGCCUCCUACCUCCUGUCACCCGGUCUAUGGCGAUACCGGUGUCGGUACCGGACACGUUACCGGGCUCCGUUUGGGAGAUGCAGAGCCCCUCGUCUCAGGCCUCGUGCACACCCAACCUCCAACAGAAUGUACCGUGCUCGUGGGACGGCAGCAGUGUAUGGGACUUGCCAAUCGACUCCAUGGCUCAGGCGCCCACCAUCGAACAGAUGCAGCAGAUAGAGAAGGCCAAGGCUGCAAAGUCGGAGCUGGAGCGGCGUGAGGCGGAGCUCCGGGCCAAACGCGAGGAGGAGGACCGGAAGCGGCUGGAAGAGGCCAUGCGGGCCUGCCAGCAGGCGGAGCGCAGCCGCCUGGAGGAAGAGGAGCGGGUUCGACACAAACAGUGUGUGGUCCUCCAGGAGGAGGCGCUACGGAGGCAGCGGGAGGAGGCCCAGCACAGACGGGAGGAGGAGGAGCGGCAGGCCCAGGAGGAGGCUCUGCGUAGGGGGGAGGAGAGGCGGCGGGAGGACGAGGAGCGGAAGCAGCGGGACGAGCUCCUCCGCAAACAGGAGGAGGAGAAGCGGAAACGGGAGGAGCUUGAGGCCCUGCUCCGGCACGAGGAGGAGAAGCGCGCCGAGGCGGAGGCAGAGGCGGCGGCCGGCCUGGUGCGGCUGCAGCAGCAGCAGCAGGAGGAGCUGAAGAAGAGGGAGCAGGAGGCGCAGCGGCAGCAGGAGGCCCUGAAGCAGCAGCAGCAGCAGCAGGAGUCGCUGAAGCAGCAGGAGUCGCUGAAGCAGCAGGAGGCCCUGAAGCAGCAGGAGCUGCUGAGGCAGCGGCAGCAGCAGCAGGAGGCGCUGCGGCGGCUGCAGCAGCAGCAGCAACAGCAGCAGCUGGCUCAUAUGAAGCUUCCCUCCUCCUCAAAGUGGGGUCAGCAGUCCACCGCCAGCCCGGCCGUCAGCCAGAGCCAGAGCGCCCAGUCGCUCUCGGAGAUCCAGAAGCUGGAGGAGGAGCGCGAGAAGCUGUCCAGGGAGGAGCAACGGCGCCAGCAGCAGGAGCUCCAGAAGCUCCAGCAGCAGCAGGCCCUGCAGCAGGCGCAGCAGCCCACGGCCAAGGCCUCCAGCUGGGGCAGCGUGUCCAAGCCGCCCACCGGCACCAAGUCCCUGCUGGAGAUCCAGCGGGAGGAGGCGCAGCAGAUGAAGCAGCGCAAGGACCACCAGCCGCAGUCUCACCCCACCAUCACGCAGCCCAGCCGGGCCCAGAACAGAGCUCCCUCGCUGAGCUCCUCCGUGUGGGGCGCCGUCAGCCCGGGCUCCGGCGCCAACUGGGGCUCUGACCCCAGCAGCAUCUGGGGCGACGCCCAGAACGCCAACAUGGGCUUCUGGGACGAGGCGGUGAAGGAGGUCCAGCACGCCCCCCAGCUUCCCCAGCCUCCCCAGCCGCUGCCCCCUCCCCAGCCGCAGCCGACGCCCCCUCAGACCCAGCAGCAGUCCAAGAAGGGCAACACUCCCAAGAACAACAAGAGCAACGCCAACCUCAGCAACUCUGUGAGCAGCAGCCGGGCCAACAAGAAGGCGGCGGAGGAGGAGGAGAAGCUCCUGAAGCUGUUCCAGACGGUCAACAAGAGCCAGCAGGACGGCUUCACGCAGUGGUGCGAGCAGAGCCUGCACACGCUCAACACGGCCAACAACCUCGACGUCCCCACGUUCGCGUCCUUCCUGAAGGAGGUAGACUCCACGUACGAGGUGCACGACUACGUGCGGGCCUACCUGGGCGACACCCCCGAGGCCAAGGAGUUUGCCAGGCAGUUCCUGGAGCGCCGUGCCAAACAGAACAGCAAUCAAGCACAGCAACAGCAGCCGCAGCAGCCGGCCCAGAACCAGCAGAAGCAGGCAGCACAGAACCAGCAGAAGCAGGCAGCACAGAACCAGCAGCAGGCACUCAAGCAGCAGCAGGCCCGCGAGGCCAAGGAGUCGCAGAAGAAGCAGGUGGAGUCUCUGUGGGGCGGGACGGACUCCUCCCCGUCGUACCAGUCCAACCACACCGGUGCCCACCAGCCGCGCUUCGAGACCGUCACCUCAGGGAAGAAGAAGAAAAAGCAGAAGAUGGUCCGUGCCGACCCCAGCCUCCUAGGUUUCUCCGUGAACGCUGCGUCAGAGAGACUGAACAUGGGCGAGAUUGAGACUGUGGACGAGUAACGUCCUGCUGCCAACCGACCCCCCGGACUGUUUGUGUUUUGAGCAGCAAACCGUUUUACAACCCCCCCCCCGCAAAGUACUCCAACCAUUUUCUGCCCCCUCCUCCCCCCGCGCGUUUCCCAAACCAGCGUUCCCCGACGGGGGGGCACAGGAAGUGCCCUGAAGGACCCAAGAUUCAAACUAGAAGAUCCACGCUAACAAGACUCCACAAAUGAACUCCGAAGAACGAUGGAGUUGGGAUUUCUUUCGUCGGCUGUUGACGCCCCCCUCCCCCCCCCCCCCCCCCACACCUGCCCAGCCCCACUCCUCACGGCGCCCAACCCAACCCAACCAAAUAUUCAUGGAGAAGUUCUGAUUUGUCUUUGUCGAGGUUUAGUU